AAAAGUACGGUACCAAACACAGUAUCAAGUCAGCACAGACGUUCGUCAGAUUGACAUCGGACCUUUCAUUGACAAGUUCGAUGGUCUCGUCACUAGCGAUUAAGAUGGUACUUUCCGUCUUUCUUCUUUCUCUUCUYCUGAGUGGAUCCUUGCAUACCGCGAGUGCGUUUUCGAUUUCAGCUACGAAGUCAACGAGCAAUUCGAUUUUAGGCGACAACUUCCAAACGAAUAGCUUCCAUUCCCCAGAUCUUCGCAUCGYUUCAUUAUUAAAUGCUGAGGCGCCAUCAUCUGGCGCAACAGUGGCUGCGAUCGAGGAUGACAGUCAAACCGUCGAAACUGCUGAACAACCACAGGUAAUGGCAUCGGGAUUUUCUCAAAACAUGGAUAUGCUCGAGGCUUUGCAAGAGGCCGUCGAAAUGGCGUUAGCUUCAUUGCCUCCUCCACAAAAGAAUUCUGGCAUCGAUCUAGCAGUCGUUAGUGUUAGCAGUCUCUAUGACGGCAAUUCCAGUCCCUCCUUGGUUGUACCGACUGUUCUAUCUGCAGCAUCUAACUACGGAAAGGGAAUCCAGCACUUGGUAGGGUCGACGUGCGGUGGAUUCAUUGGUAGUACUCUCGGUGGAGGGAGUGAAUCGGCUGAGUUUGAGUCGAAUGAUGACAAUAGCAACGAAAACGACGAGGACUUGGAUACCCAGAAAAAGAAGAAAGUUUCCCCCGCUUGCGUUCCUGUAGAACGAGAAGGAGUUCCAGGAGUUUCCAUUGUUUUGAGCAUCUUGCCCGAUGUGCAGCUAGGAACAUUCCAUGUGACAGGAGAUGAGGUACCAGAUGAUUACGAAAAUAUGCCGUCCGAGCAGUGGAAAAAGUCGAUUGGACUGUCAUCGUCACAAUCAGGUGACGAAAAUGAUGGUAGUGGACCUGCCGUSAUGGCAUUCCCCUCACCUGCCAUGUCUAAUGAACUUGAUGAUUUUCUUCGGGGAAUGGAGACGCACAUUCCAGGUUGUAACAUUUUUGGAUCAGUUGCCUCAACCGUUUCGUCUCUCUCGAGAGCGAGACUCUUCCGAUAUGAUGCCAAGAUGGAAAACUCCGGAGAUAGCGUCGUUCAAACUCUGGCCGAUGGAUGCGUUGGAGUUGUUAUGGAUGGGGAYAUCACUGUCCAGACGAUGAUGGCAAAAGGAGCAAAACCGGUCGGAGGAGUUUACAAUAUUGUCAAAGGAGAAGGCUCCACUAUUUCUGCUGUUGCCCUAGACGAAGCAGCAACCGAGCUUGUAGUAGCAGCCGAGGAAUUAGACGAGGAGGAGGAAGAGGAGGAUGACGAUGAAGACUAUGGGGAUGACGAACGCAAGGCUAAGAGGGCUAAAAUGGCCGCUGCUUAUGCGAAAGCAAGAAUCCCUAAACCUGUCCUCGCGGAAGCGAACUUCGUUAUGAAAACACUGAGUGACGAUGAUCAAGCCUUUAUGCGGAAAUUCAUUUUGGUUGGCCUAGAACGUCCUGGAUCUCGUGCUGGGACGCCAAGUGAAUUGACCCGAUUGACGGAAGGGAAAGGACACGGGUACGCCGUCCAUCAGGUUGCAAGCGCCUCGAUGAAGGAUGGCUCUGUUACGCUAUCGUUGGGGAGCGUUGAUAUAGAGCAAGGAACCCGCAUGCGUUUCUUUGUUAGAGAAUCGGAUUUCGCMAAGAAGGAGGUUGAGGCUCUAUGGAGAGGAUACAAGAAGAGAAGAAGCAAAUCCGAUGGCGACUCUGCCUCAGCAUCACCACCCACGGGCUGUUUUAUUUUCCCCACGCUCGACAGAGGAAGUAAGUUCUUCUCUGGAAAGCCCGGAUUCGAGGGUUCGACCGUCUCGAAAUUCUUGCCCAGCGUGCCUUGUGUUUCAGGAUUCUUUGGUAACGGUGUAAUUGGYUCGAUGAGUGCAGACCCCGAACUACCUUCAGUAGCCGAAGAAGCAACCAUGAGUGGGAGUGCCACUGGUURUUUCUUGAUUGGAAGUAAGUCCAAUCGCCCUAUUUAUUCACCAGGAAAAUCAGGUGCUUACGACACUGAUACAGAAGAGAAAGAAUCGGACGCAACUGAGGAGCUGAUGGAGGAAAGAAAAWCACUCGACUUAAAGGAAAAGAAAGCGCCAAGAGAUGAAAACGGAGAACUCAUCCUCCGUCGACGAGAAGUCAGUUCCGGACGUGCCAUGACAGUAUCGACUGUCGAAUGGAGUGUUGCUGAAAAUAUGGCAACKCCCACUUCUUCCCUUGAGGGUUUCAUGUGGGACAAGGAGACAGAGGUAGAUCGAUUCCGGGAGCGCGUACCCCUAGCGAAUCUCCUUUCUCAGUGCAAGUUGUCCAUGGUCGAUCCAUCAAAACCAAAACCUAGGGAUUGGAUUGGUCCUGUCAAGGAUGCUGCGUCCAAGAAUAGAUUCGUUGUCUUGCCGGACUUCAAACGAACAGAACCAGGAAGCGGAAGUCUGCGAAAGCGAUACGACGUGUCAAAGCUUGCCAGAGAAUUUACGGCCAAGGGAGUUUCUGCAAUUAGUGUCAAUUGUGACYCCGUAUUGUUCGGCGGGUCUCUCGAAGAUCUGACAAAAGUAAGGGAGGCAAGUGCAAAAGCCRCCAUCGAAUCAAGUACGUUAGAUGAYGGAGUCAACGCACCCCCAAUUCUAGCAUCAGAUCUCAUCUUAUAUCCAUACCAACUUUAUAAGAUGAGAUUGGCAGGAGCAGAUGCCGUGAACUUGAUUGUUGGAGCGCUGGCUACGAAGGAUUUGGUGUACCUCACGAAGAUCGCAUCGAGCCUACAAAUGCAGUCGAUGCUCACAGUCACAUCAGUUACUCAAGUAGAAAAUCUGAAAGUAUUGCCGACAGGCAGCAUAGGGGGGCUUCUAGUUUCAAACAGAGAGGUAAGUAGAAGGAUAAUAUGAACAUUUGUUUUCGAUUCAAAAAAUGUCUACUCACUUUUCGAUUUCAGCUUGAAGACUUUUCUUUCGAUAUGACAGGCCGCCAAGCGCUAGAUAUUCUACAGAGUAGUGCACUAAGAGAAUUGAAGGAGAAGCACGGAGAUGAUAUCCCCAUUUUGGUGGAAGGUCGUGUAGGCAUUAUUCGAAUGAAGGAUGAAAAUGGAAAAGAGAGCUCCGAGGCCUAUAUCAAGGAGCUCAGGGAUGCUGGAGCAACUGGGGCAGUCGUCGGAGGAGGACUAGUUUCAGAUGAAUUCGACCUUCCAUUUUAGUUCGCGAUCAAUUUGGGUCAAGCUAAACGUUAUUGUCAUGUGCAAAUUAUCGAGUCGUUGCGGGUCCCCAUUCUACUAAAAAACGUAUUUUGGUAAAAAAUAUCUCGUUCUWAAAUUGCACAUUAAUCUACAAUGUUCUUAAAUCCCAUAACUAAUUUUUGAAAGGAUUUACAUUACCGCUGCAAAACCCACAAUCAGAACGGUACUCACUGCCGUCAAGAGCAAUGGUAUAUAAACAGCUAUUCUUUCGGCAUUUGACCCAGGGGCCUCAGUAGGAUGAGCYUGAACUUUAUAAAUCGGCGGUUCCACUGGAGGGAGAUAAAUCGGGACCCCUCCAUUGUCAAACUCUUGGUCAAACAGCGGUACAGGCUGUCUCGAAGGUUGGGCAGAAGCUGUGGGGGCACCAGUAAUUGUAGGAGCAGGCGAUUGGGUCGGAGCCGGCGAAUCAAAAUCCAGUCCAAUCACUCUAUCAAUGUGAUGGAGGACACCGUUGUGAGCUAGAAUGUCGCAAUUGUAGACUUUGGCACCACCAACCCACAACUCGUCGUUCUUAACUUCUAUUUCGAGUACAACGCCAUCUACCGUUGUUACCUCCGUGUGGUUUGCCAAUACAUCGCAGAACCAGAGACCACGCAAUACGUGCCGUACRAUGAUAGGCCCGCCAUCUACCGCAUUGAAUUCAACACGUUGAAAUGCCUUAUUGUCAGGUGCGAAAACAGUCAAAGGAAUGUCCAUGGCAAUAAGAUCAGUCAAGUCAACGAAAUCGAUGUUGAUCUUGAACAAAGUUGUAUCAUGGUAAUACUGGAUCCUAUCGUAGAUGGAGUUGGAAACGGCCACGGGUGUAAUUGUAUUAUCAAUGGUAUGCAAAUAGCCGUCCAUCGCAAUCAGAUCUCCAAACUCCGAUCGAGCUUCCUCGAGGCCAUUUUGGAUGCGGGGUCGAKCUCCACUCCUGCGCAAGUUGUAGAUUUCUCCAUUCAACAUAGUUAUCUUACUAGGAGCCAUGGCAAUAAGCUCUGCUCGAGUAUGGUCACCCAUUGUCAUAUGAUUGAACAAGAAUUCACAGGCAUGUCGAUACCAAUCGGGAGAAAGUAAUCUAUUGAAAUCUUCGUUGUUAAAGUACGUGAAUGCUUCACGGGUGGGACAGAAGAGGGUCAGAGUCGAAUUGAACAUUUCUGAUAUAUCCUCGGAAGAUAACAAACACUGAGCAAAGAAUCGGUAGCAGUCACUUGUGUCUACGUUUGUAGAUAUGGGUGUAAAAAAAGCAAAGUCCGUAAUAUAGGGAGGGAAAAGAGGGUAAUUCAGACCGUGAAAUAUACUGUGGAAAAAAAGACAGAACCGGAGACGAUACGUUAGUGUAUUCCUCUUUGCUUCGUUCGCAAUCAUGUUCAUUUCACAAGACAGAACUCAUUACAGCGGAUAUCUAUGGGAUUCAUACGCCCAUCCAGCCCUUUCUAUCAACGCGUAUCUUGACGUACCCAUGCUUAGUUGGUUGAUCAGGCAAGAGAAGCUCUUGCGAUUGGAAUCGCACCAUAUCCUCCGUGGAUGUGAUCCACAUGUGGGUUCCUAGCUCGGAUUUGAUCAAGAUUUGCUCCUCUCCACUCUCUUCGUUAAUUGAAAAGACUUUAGCCUGGUGGUAACUUUCCUCGAUCAUGUGACAGAGAAUAAAAUCCUUCGUGUAUUGGAACAUCUCGGGUUUCAACAACGAUGGGAAGUCGAUUUCGGCCCGAUUGAAACGCCGAUUCGGAGGAACUAGGAAUGUUAUGCCCCCCUCGUAAGCAGCAUUGAGUCGAUCAUCGAGUCCGACAUACAAGGCCAGAUUGGCCAUGUUUGAGAACGAGUAUUUUUCUUGCCUGCUGUUUAGGAGCUGAUCAAUCAUAUCCUGUGCCAAGAACGGAGGGAAAAUGACCUCAUCCACCACGUGAAUUACUCCAUCAGACGAUUCGAUGUCGGCAUCCAAAAAGUCGUUGAUGUUCACGUUGUCUAUUGUCUGUAACUCUUGGUUUAUGGUGAUGUUCCCCUGGUUUGUGUUCAAUUGCGAUCGAACUCCAUCAAAAAUUUCGUCUUUGGUCAAUGCUUCAUCGAUCACUAAAUGAUACUCGAUCAUAUCUCUAAAAUGAACGAAAUAAUCUCCUUGUGUCAUCCAUUUGUCAUACCGUUCGGGGUCCUCUACACGAAAUCUAUCGAAUGCAUCCCCUGUCGGCGCGAUGACUGUCUUGCCGAUACUCGGAGAGAUACCCGCCCUGUCCAGGUAUUCUCUAAAUGUUGCCAAACGAUUGUCGUUCCCCAGUAGUACGUGAUUCGAGCUCUGACAAACAACGCGGAUGGAUCUGUCGGUAACUUGCAACAACAACCAUAUCGUCAUGAACGAGAUGUUUUUGACAAAUAAUGCACCAUGGUAGUU